CGUUCUGUAGCACCCCUAGUGAAGAGACCAUGGUUCUCUCCUCAUCUUUGAGGCCGAACAAAUAGUCGGUGACAUGACCUCAAAUUGUGUUUGGAGACUCGUCAUCCCGGGGCCAAAGUUUGACACGAAACUUUGGCCUUGGGAGACAGUAAAUCUUUGGGUAGGUGCAUGUCCGAAAUGCCAUAUAUAGUGGAGGGAUUUUUACGAGAACUGCAUUAAAGCUUUGCACUCAACGAACAGCCUACUGUCGCUUGAUACGUGCAGUCAUUGAAAAAACUUGUCACUUGCGGGGUUUGAUGAGUCACUCGGAUGCUGUUUGGUGCUGAUAUAAGAAUGCUUCAAAGUGGGUGAAAGUACUCAGAACAACGACAUCGCUCUAUAUUGGUCACGGAUUUGAGAAGGCAGUAAUACGAACAAACAUAAUAAGAUGACUGCGACUUCAGAACAUAAGAAUGACGGAUCAAGGCCUCCAGAAUGUGAGACGAACGGGUCUCUGAGAAAACACUGUAUCAUGCUUCACGACGUCAACUCUGAAAAGUCUCCAGAAAAGGAUCAAGUGGUGACAGAGAUGGACACAGACAAUUCGGAGUACGAAGGUAGCGGUUUCUGCACCCGCUAUGUGGAACGGGUGGAGGAGGCGGUGGGGGCAUUCCUCAAGCGCAACAAAAGACUGAUCACGUACGGCUUUCGGAUACUCCUGCUGAUGGCCUACAUGGGCUACUUUUCCUACUGUAUGUACUACAAAUUCGGAGACGAGGGAUCGUACAUUCUUCUCGGUAUAACCAUUAUCAUGUGGUUGAUCAUCCUGAACAAGCUGACACCAAUGCUCAAUAUCCAGUGCACUCUCCCAACAACGCUUCAGACUUACAAUACGAGCCAGAGAGCAAAGAGGAUCCGGCACAUAAUUCGAUAUGUCCUGUACUUAGUUGCCACCAUAGGCCUGUGCUGCUACCUGUAUUUCGACAUUCUGGCCAGCAAUCCCAGAAACGCCCAGUCUCUUGGGGGCAUUAUUGUCAUCAUCUUGAUGUGUUUCAUCGUGUCCGUCAAACCAAGCAAGGUCAACUGGCACCCAGUGUUUUGGGGUUUUGUGGGCCAAGUCCUCUUCGCUACGCUCACUCUCAGAACGGAUGCGGGAUACAACGCAUUCAAGUGGCUGGGAGACUUGAUACAAACCUUCAUCAGCUACUCAGAUGCAGGCUCUGCGUUCGUCAUUGGCGACGAUUUUGCAAUUAUGGGGCUUGCAUUUUGGGCUUCUGGAGCUCUCAUCUUCUUCAACUGUAUAAUCUUUUCUCUGAACCACCUUGGGGUCAUCGAGUUCCUUGUCGUCAAACUUGGCACAUUCCUUGGAUUCUGUAUGGAGACAGGACCCGUAGAAUCUGUGGUGGCCGCAGCCAAUAUCUUCAUGGGAAUAAGUGAGGCUCCUCUCUUGAUUCGUCCGUUCAUUCCAAACGUGACUAAGUCGGAACUUCACGCUAUCAUGACGUGUGGGUUCGCCAGCAUCUCUGGAGGGAUCAUGACCAUGUUCAUCAAAUACGGUGCCCCACCCGGUCAUCUGCUGACGGCGGCCAUUAUCUCGGCCCCUGCUGCCUUGGCCUUGUCCAAACUGACGUACCCGGAGACAGAGAUUGUGGACCUCUCUAAGCAAACCAACAUCAAAAUGAGGGACACGUCUGAUAAAAGCCAAAACUUGCUGUCCGUUUGUUCAGAUGGCGCCGUUCUUGCCCUGAAGAUGAUGGCCCCGAUCAGCGCUAACAUGUUAGCGUUUUUCUCCCUACUCGCCAUGACUGAUGCGAUUCUAGACUGGUUUGGCCAACGGGCCGGCUACGAGGGCCUCAGUUUUGAUUUAAUCUGUUCUUACUUGCUGUGGCCUCUCGCCUACGUCAUGGGUACGGAACCUGCAGAUUGUGGAAGACUUGGAGCUCUGAUUGGUGUGAAGCUCUUCGCCACACCCAUGGUGGCCUACAAAAAUCUUGGAGAAAUCAUUGAGAAUCGAAAAGUCCUAGAGCACUACUUGAGUGUGACCAAUGGCACGUUUCACUGGGAGGGCUUUGACGUCAUCUUGGAUGCUGCAAACACUACUCUGAAAAACGGCGUUAUGUCUCCGCGUUCUGAAGUGAUAUCUACCUACGCCCUUUGUGGUUUUUCUGCCUUCACGGCCAUUGGCAUUAGCAUAGGCACCCUGACUCCCAUCUGCCCGUCAAGGAAGAGCGACAUCCUGGACGUGGUUUUCCGGGCCUUCUACGUGGGAAAUAUGGCCAGCUUUGCAACUGGAGCAGUCGCAGGUAUCAUGUUUACGGACGUGGUCGAUGCUGGGACUGCUCAAGCUGCAGCCGUCCAGAACCUGACCUCUCUGAUCAUUUGAUAUCAAUUCUCUUAUUAAACCACAGGGAUCAAAUUAGUAGUGAUUGAGCUCAAGUUACCCUUUGCGAAAGCAGAUUUUCUGCGGCAGUUUUUUGUCAUUUGAUAUAUGUGUUCGGAGAGGGUAAAUUAGCUUAUUCAUUAUAAACAUCAGUGUCACAAGUUUUUGGUUUUGAAGAAUAGUACUAUUUUGGAUGUACUAAAAUGUAUAUAGAUGUAAAUCUAAUUAUAAUAUAAGUAUAAAUGUCGUUGUUUUCAAUGCAAAGUAAGUCUGAAUCAAGGCUUACUGCAAGUCCAAUGAUUCCUUCCUCUGUCGUUGGUGUAUUAUACAGUAGGCGUAAAUUCAGAAACAGUUACUCUUGGGUUGAUUUCUUACUUCAGGAUCUCCUCAGUUCUUCCUAUUCUAGAAGGAAACAUUUAUUGUGACCUGUCGACAAUAGUAAGUAGAUUUGUAGGACGAAAGAGUUUGUAUUAUAGUUAUGCAGUGGAAUCAGGCCCUCGUCAAUUCUUGACCAUAUGGAGCAACUGAUAUGAUUAUAAAGCUGGUUGAUGUGCCUUGAUUUUGAAGAAAAAUAUCCAUAUAUCGUGAAUAGUAGUCGUGAUAUUUGCGACUGCUGAAUGUCUCAGGUAAACAUAGCGAGAAAAUGGCCGCCAAAGUUUGGUGACUUCCAAAGCUGCAAUGUCCUUCAACACUGCAAAUUUACAUAUUUUUCCACCUUUGAUCGACGUUUUUCAGCAGCAUCCACCUACGGAUGUAUUUUAAAAUGGAGAUAAAAGGUCAUGGGUCCGAGACGAA